UCAAAUGGGACUUUCUAACAUCUGAAUCUUAUAAUAAUUUAAUGGCCGUCUCCUUUUAUUCUCGACAGCUUGUUGGGUGUGAGGUAGUUUCAGUUUCAGCUAUGACAUCGCAUGUGGAUUUGAUCUUACCACCACCAGAUAAUUUAUCAUCUGUCUUUCAUUUGGAGAAUGGAUGCUCAGGAGUAUUUGUAAUGGUUGUCUCCUCCAGAUCCCCCAAGAUCUUGUGGCGAGUUGUUGGCACGAAUGGAACCCUUCAAAUUGAGCGAGGAUUCCAAGGACAACACGGAUACCUGGUUUCAUUAUAUGAUGCUAAUGGACAAUGCAAAAGCUCAUUUUUCCCAUUCAGUGGAGUAACUGAAGAAUUAAAAGCUUUUUUUAAUGAUGUUUCUGAAAACACCCUCAAGAAGGGUAGUCAGUUUGUACCCGAGCACCGCCUCUCUUUUGUCGAGGGUGCGAGAGACGUUGCUCUUUUAGAGGCAAUGCUUAAAUCUGGAUCAAGGCAGGGCAAGCAAGUUCAAGUGAAAAAGUUUUGAGGAAUAUAC